AUGUCCACUACCACACCUGAUGCCAGCGACGCGCAGAGCGAGUCUUCCACUCCCACAGAGACUACCUCUCCGGAACCUACGGCGGUCGACGAACUUGAACCAGAGACGCCCAAAGACACGGGUCCUACAUCACCACUUCCCGAUGACGAAUUCUGGUUAGAAGACGGAAAUCUUACUCUCAUCGCCGGCGACGUCGAGUUUAGGGUAUACAAGGGCCCUCUGAUAGCCAAUUCUCCAGUAUUCAGGGACAUGCUUUCACUCCCCCAACCUAUACCUACCCAACCGGAUGAUCGCCCCGAUCUACUAUGUCCAUGUGGCUAUGCGCCUGCACUGGUACACGUAUCGGAUUCGCCGGAAGACCUGAGGCAUCUUUUGAGGGUGUUGGUUCCGGGGAAGACACCAUGGGUCGUUCCUGAGGAUCCAACAUUCAGCGCCAUCUCCGCGUGCAUCCGCCUCGGACAUAAGUACGAGAUCGACGUUGUUGUGCAGCGCAGCCUCGACUAUCUCAAGAAACACUUCGCAGAAAGCUUCGACACGUGGGCGCGCGUGGACCCCCCGCGGCCGCCCGCCUUCCAGGGCGUGCACUCCAUCGGCGUAGUUAACCUCGCGCGCAUGACAAACACCGACGUGCUCCUCCCGACCGCGCUCAUGAACUGCUGCAUGCUCGACGCCACCGACCUUGUCCACGGCUUCGCGCGCGAAGACGGCACGGCGGAGACGCUCUCCGCGGACGACCUCGGGCGCUGCUUCCUCGGGCGCGCGGCGCUUAUGCAGGCGAACACGCUCGCAACGCUCGCGCUCUUCAACCAGACGCUCGCGGAGGGCUGCACGCGGCGCGAGGUCUGCGCGCCCGUGUUUCUGCGGCUGCUCGACGAGCUGCGGAACCACGAGAAGGUAGUGUGCACGCUGGACUGGUACAAGUACUGGUCGGACUACAUCGACGGGCGCGACGACGACCGCCGGCUGUGCACGCCGUGCUAUAAGAUGCUGCUCGAGCGCGAGAAACAGCAGCACCGCGAGAUCUGGAGGCGGCUUCCCGAGCUUAUGGGCGUCACGGUGGAGGGUUGGGCGGCCGACCUGCAGCCUGUUUUGGAGCCUGUCGCGCCGGAAGAUAUCUAGGUCCGAUGAAUCUCAUACAUACCCUAACGCUUGUACAACAACUUGUAGGAUUAAAAUGGACACGAGCCUCUGCUUGAUU